CAAGCACACAUUCUCUCACAUAUCAUGGCCAUUAGAGCUCCAAGAUCAUUCCAGGCAGCUCUAUGGCUUCCAUGCUUGCUUAUUCUCUUGCUCUUUGUUACGUUCACUUCUGCUUCUCCACCAAGGAGUUCGAAGCUCGGUGUGCUACGAGGAUACAAUAAGGAAAGUAAAAGUGUAUACGACUCAUCUCUAAUUGAAUCUGAAUCAAACAAAGAUUACCAAACAUUCUAUUAUGACCAAACACUCGAUCACUUCAACUAUCAACCCGUCAGCUACACCACUUUCCGACAUAAAUAUGUCGUGAAUUUUAAGCAUUGGCGUGGCGCCAAGGCGGCUGCUCCCAUAUUUGCAUAUAUGGGAGAGGAGUCUUCCCUAGACGACGAUAUUGGUUCUAUAGGAUUCAUGAUGGAGGGUGCUCGCAGGUUUGGUGCUUUGGAGCUGUACAUAGAGCAUCGCUUCUAUGGAGAAUCAGUCCCGUAUGGAUUUACAGGAGAAGAAGCAUUGAAAAAUGCUACCGUUCGUGGCUACUUUAGCUCAGCUCAAGCUAUAGCAGAUUAUGCAGAAGUAAUUAUAAACUUGAAGAAAAACUUAUCAGCCGAGUCUUCUCCAGUUAUAGUAGCUGGAGGAUCUUAUGGUGGAAUGCUUGCAGCGUGGUUCCGCCUAAAGUAUCCUCAUGUUGCAAUCGGCGCAUUAGCCUCUUCAGCACCCAUUCUUUACUUCGAUGACAUUGUGCCAUCAAAUUCAUAUUAUGCCACUGUUACCAAGGAUUUUCAGGAGGUUAGUUUGAGCUGCUAUAAUACCAUAAAGAGCUCAUGGUCAGAGAUUGAUAGAGUUGCUGCUAAACCCAAUGGUCUUUCUGAACUCAGCAAGAAAUUCAAUACUUGCAUGCCGUUGAAGACUGCAUCCGGAUUAAAGGAUUACUUGCACACUCUGUUUGCAACUGCGGCUCAAUAUGAUAGACCUCCAAGCUAUCCAGUGACUGUUGUCUGCAAAGGUAUUGACGGAGGAGCUAAUGGAACCGACAUUCUUGGCCGAAUUUUCUCUGGAAUGGUUGCUUAUUACAAGGAAGAUAAAAAGUGCUUUGAUUUAGAUGCUUUCUUUUCAGCAGAUACACUGAGUGGUUGGGAUUGGCAGACAUGUAGUGAAAUGGUUAUGCCAAUUGGGAUUGGCCCGAAUGACACCAUGUUUCCUGCAUCACCAUUUGUUUACAAAAAAUUUAAGGACUCCUGCAUGAAUACAUUUGGAGUCGAACCUAGGCCCCAUUGGGUCACAACUUAUUAUGGUGGUCAACAUAUAAAGACGAUUCUCAAGAGAUUUGGUAGCAACAUCAUCUUCUCCAAUGGCCUCCGUGACCCUUAUAGUAGUGCAGGGGUGUUGGAAAACAUAUCAGACACCAUACUUGCCCUGUCUACAAAAAAUGGGUCUCAUUGCCUUGACAUAUUGCCUGCAAGGGCAGAUGACCCAGAGUGGUUGACCGCACAGCGAAAUGAAGAAUUCAAGAUAAUCAAAAUUUGGCUUGGCAAGUACUACAGAGAUUUGCAUAUGUUUGCAUAGAAGUUCACUCAUAAUGUUUUUCAUGGAUUAUGAAGUUGACACAAAAAAUCAGAUUCAGCUUUUAGUGUGGACCAAAAAUCAUGUGAGACCUUAUUAGCAAGCAUGCAUGAUAUUGAAAAGGCUUAAAAAAACUAUGUCAAAUGGGAAACCUUAGUUUAUUUAUUUAGGGAAAUGGGAUUUCGGGAUGGAUGGAGUUAAUGAAUUUACUCUUGUACUUCUACGAUUAUUCAUUUCCCAUGUUUGGUGAAUGUUACAUCAACUUGAUUUUUAAAGAGGUAGAGGAUAUUCAAAUAGGCAAUCCUUAUUUACCAUUGCUUUUCAUUCUGAUUAUAGAGAUAGGGAGAAGAAUGUU